CUGAGUCAGUGAGGUCUUACCGUGUUUGGAUUGUUUUACAAGAUAAAAACGGCUGACUUCCGGAAUUAAGAGAUUUUAAUGAUGAAAGCAGUACAAAUAUAUUUCUUGUUAGACGUUGUUUUUUCGACAAUUGUCCUGGUUAACACGUUUAAUCCGUGGGAUCUGUGGAAGAAGAUCUACACUCCAAGUGAAAGUUGUGAUUCUGAAUGGAUAUCCUUCAACGCAGAAGGUUUCAAGGUUGACCUGGAAAGCAAACUGUUCGGACAGCACAUUGCAUCACGCAUCAUCCAGAAAGCUGUGAAUGGAUUCAUGAGAAAUGACAACCCAAAGAAGCCCCUGGUGCUCUCUCUGCACGGGCGGAGUGGAACAGGAAAGAAUUUUGUUAGUAAGCUGAUUGCUGCCCAUAUUUACAAGAAAGGAAUGGACAGCAGCUUCGUUCAUGUGCUUGUAUCUGGACAUCACUUCCCACUUCAAAGUCAACUUGAGACCUACAAGACUCAGCUACAGCAGCGGAUCAAAGACAAUGUCACAAACUGUGAACGCUCCAUGUUUAUCUUUGAUGAGAUGGACAAGAUGCAUCCUGGCUUGAUUGACAGCAUAAAGCCGUACCUGGGGUACCACAACAACCUGGAUGGGGUUUCCUAUCGGAAAGCCAUCUUCAUCUUUCUCAGCAAUGCUGGAGGGCAGAGCAUCACACAGACAGCUUUAGAUUUUUGGAAAGCAGGACGAGAUCGAGAAGAGAUCGAGCUAAACGAUCUGGAAACAGCGCUCUCUUUAUCAGUAUUCAACAGCAACAAUAGUGGCUUGUGGCAUUCAGGUUUGAUUACCAAUAACCUGGUGGACUUCUUCGUCCUGUUCCUGCCUCUGGAGUACCGGCACGUCGUUCAGUGUGUCAUGGCUGAGAUGAAAGCCGAAGGACUUCAUCCAGACCAGAACAAGGCAGACAAAGUGGCCAAAGAUGUGUAUUAUUUCCCUAGAUCUGACAAAGUGUUCUCUGUCAGUGGCUGCAAGACAAUAUGUACAAGAUAUCACACAUCUAAUGAUAACAUCUGAUGGAUGCAUAUGAUUAUUUUUUUAUCAAAGAAAACACUUUCAGCCAAAUGACUGAGGAG